AUGGACGAAGGCGUUCUGAAGAAAGUUUGCAAGUUUUUGAAAAAACAAAAGGAUAACGAAGCAAUUUUUCAGACGUUUUGGGAAGGGACAAAGGAGUUCUACCCAGUCGAUUUGUCCAAGACGAAAGUCAAAGCAUGGCUUAAAGAGCAUCCUGAACGCUUUGAAAUUAUCAAAGCUGAAACUGGGAAUCCUUUCGGUAAGAUAAAAUUAAAAGUAGAAGCGUCUAACUAUGUUUUGCCAACCACAACUAGAGAGGAAGACUUUAAAAUUGCACAAAAAUUGAUUGAAUCUGUCGAUAAUAGAGAGGAAAAUGGCCAUUUGUUUGCGAUUAUUUGUAAGAAUAAAGCUCAGAUAUUUCCCGAGAAGUUACGAGAUAAGAAACAUAUCAGAAAGUGGUUGGCAGAGCAUGAAAAGUGGUUUAAAGAUGUAAAAGAUGCUAGUGGUGGGCUUUCAGUUGAAGUGUUGGCUAAGGCGAGACAUUUAAAGAAACCUGGGCCGCCAUUGCCACACGUUCGUUCAUUGCUACCUGCUCCAGUAUUUACGAGCGAAAAAAGGGAGAGUCGUGGCAAGGCAACGCCUCAGAAAGCAAAAGAUGAGACUGAUCCAGUUGAUCUUUUGAAAAUGGCAGAUAAUAUUACGUUGAGAAUCUCAGGGAAACUUAAGAAUGAAGGAGGGACAAUCCCAUUUGAAUCUCUUCUCAAUGCAAAGGAUGUAAUCUAUCCCUUAUGUGAGGAAGAAGCCUUAAUAUCUUUCUUGGCAGCUUUCCCUUUGAAAUUUGAGAUCAUGGAUUUGGAAGGGUUAGGCAAGUGGGUUCAUUUGAAAGGAACUGACAAUGCCAGUCCUAACAAUGUCGGUGGUAACAAUGCCA